AAAGUGACCUGAAGCAGCUUUAUUUUGGCCUGUCUGUUGGGGCCUUCUAUUUCAAUUUUCUCAUUAUCUAGGGUGAACUCUUGUAGAUCUUCUGUUUUGUUUUGAUGUUCAACCUUAAGCCUGUCUUGCCACUUUCCUCAUUGACCUUCUUCAGUAAUUGUUACAGGGCUUUGUGGGUUUCACCUAUUGUAUCACAAAUCUUAGAUUUGCCUCUGAGUCUAAGCCUCCUCUGGGCACAAUGUUUUCUGCAUAUAGGGGCUAGUUUAAGAAACACUAAAUACUGUAUCAUCCCAUCCCUGAUCAGUAGCACCUGGCUAUGAAUACUGGAGACCAGGGCUCGAUUCCCAGUUUGACCAUGAAGCCCACUGGGUGACCUUAGGCAAGUCAUGCUCUCUCAGCCUCAGAGGAUGGCAAUGGCAAACCCCAAGAAACCCCAUGGUUGUCGUAAGUCGGAAACUAAGGCAGCCGACACAUAAAUGAAGAUACAUAUCCAGGAUCAGAUGUCAUAACUCCAAAGGAGGACAAGGCACUGCAAAAUGUAGGAUGUUCAAGAAAAGAUGUAGGACAUUACAAAACAAAAACUAAACACAUUAAUAUAAAUAGAAAUUCAGGCUUCAGUGUGACUUUAGGUUACAGUUGACCAUGGAGUUGCACUGGAGGACCUAGAUAUGCCUAGAGAGAACAUAUUAAUAAAUAAGUCAAAGCUGCAAAUGUGAGGGAAGAGUGUAUUGUGUAGUGAUUUGUGGUGACUUGACACCUCCUCAUUAAGAUUACAGUGGAAGGAAAAUGGCGCCAGGAGGCGGGGGCAUGAGGGUUGCGGAACUACAAGGCCCAGGGUGCCCCGCGAGGCGCUCCGUCCUGCGCUGCAAAAUGAGCCUUUGUAGCUCCUCGAGCCUUCCUCGCCUUCCCCUUAGAAACCCCGCCAACGUCCGGCGCUUAACGGCUGAGGCGGCGGGAGAAGUCUGCUGAGGAGGAGGAGAUAACAGAACAAGCAGUGACAUAUUUCCAGUCUCCGGAUUUUUCCUUACUGCUUUGCAAUGAUCAGAUGCUUGCCUGAAGAAGUACAAGCCUGUUUCCGGUCUGGAGUGGCCAUCAACUCAUUGGGGCAAUGUGCUGAGGAACUUGUUCUUAACAGCAUAGAUGCUAAAGCUACUUGUGUGGCUGUUAGAGUUGAUCUGGAAACAUUGAAGAUCCAGGUGGUGGAUAAUGGCUGUGGUAUGGGAAAAGAAGAUCUCAGCAAAGUUGGGAAUAGGUAUUUUACUAGUAAGUGCUGCUCAGUAGAAGACCUAGAGAAUCUACGUUUUUAUGGUUUCCGUGGAGAAGCCUUGGCAAGCAUUGCAAACAUGGCUAGCAUCCUGGAAAUAUCAUCCAAGACAAAUAAAAUAGCAAAAAGCUUCCUGAAAAUGUUUCACAAUGGGAAAGGACUGGAGGUUUGUGAGACGGAAUUGAAUAGACCAAGUGCUGGAACAACAGUGGCCGUGUACAACUUAUUCUGUCACUUACCUGUGCGGAGAAAGUGCAUGGACUCCAUACUGGAACUGGAGAGAGUGAGGCAUAAAAUAGAAGCCAUUUCACUUAUUCAUCCUUUUGUCUCCUUUUCUUUAAGAAAUGAUACCUCCUGCUCAAUGAUGCUUCAGCUGUCCAAGACAAAAGAUAUGUGCUCACGGUUUUCUCAGAUUUAUGGUCUAAGCAAAUCACAGAAAUUACGAGAAAUAAAUUAUAAGUCUGGAGGAUUUGAAAUCAGUGGUUUUGUCAGUACUGAAGGACAUUACAAUAAAAAUAUUCAGUUUUUAUAUGUAAAUAAUAGACUGGUAUUAAAAACAAGAUUGCAUAAACUUAUUGAUUUUUUACUAAGAAAACAAAGUGUUAUAUCUAAGGCAAAAAGUGGAUCGCUGACUUCAAGUCCCGCUCGUCAUCGCUCUGGCUCAGAGCUCUAUGGAGUCUUUGUUAUCAAUGUGAAGUGUCAAUAUGAUGAGUAUGAUGUGUGUUUGGAACCUGCAAAAACUCUCAUAGAGUUUCGCAAUUGGGCUGCUCUCCUGACUUGCAUUGAAGAAGGAAUAAAAGCAUUCUUAAAGCGAGAACAUCUAUAUAUUGAGCUGUGUGGUGAAGACAUUAAAGAGUUUAAUGAAAACAAUGGCUUUUGUUUGGAUAAUGCUGUAGCUUUACAGACUUCUAUCCCAGAGGAGACAGGCAGGCAGGAGAGUUUUAAGAGAGCCUGUGAUAAUAUUGUGGAUUCUUAUGAAAUGUUUAAUCUGCAAUCAAAGUCUGUCAAAAGGAAAAUAAUUCUUGCAAAGACUGCAUCGGAUCACACAGAACCUAUUAACAAUGUGGAGAGAGUAGGUAUUUGCCCAGAUUUAACUGGCACCAAUGAAGCUGUUCUUGAACUUGAAAACAGUAAAGCAGACAAUCUUUUGAGCAAUAAAAAUGGCACUACUCCAAAUCUCCCUGAAUUGAAUAACCUACAGGAAACGUCAUGUAUAUUGGUUAACCCACAGACUGAAGUAACUAGUUCCAAGUUGCCCCAAGAAUGUGAUGGGCAGGACAGAUCAGUUGCGUUAGAAAUAGACAACCAUGCCAGUACUUCCCUUUGCACUGAGAAAUCUGAUAAAGAUAUAAGUAAUCAACAAGAUGAGGCAUUUCGGGAAAGUGGGCUGAACUCUGUCACAGCAGAACAUGCAGGAAUGGUGGAAGAUGCUAAUGAGUUUAAGUAUGAAUUUGUUUUGGGAUGUGACUUGCAGGGAAAAUAUAAGACAGUGAAAGAGGACAAGGAACUUUCUACAGGAUCAGAUACUAAUGGAGCAGAGGUAAUGGGAUGGGGACCAAUGAGGCUCUGUUCCACAGGCCUUAUAACACAUUUGGUGCAAAAUCAGCAGCAACCACAUAGCGCAAGAGAAAGAAAUGGUCCUUUAAGCAGGCAGUCUAAAUUAGGCCCAGUAAGUGCCAGGGAUGUAUUUGAAAAUAGACAGGGAUUUUUAGGACAGGUUCUAAAUAGUCAAGAAUAUUUAAAGAUAACAAACAAAAGAAAUCCUACAGAAAGUACAGACGAGUGCAUAGAAAUGGGAAAUCUGUCAAAUCAAAAGAAUAAGGUAGGUUCAGUUCAUGUAAAUGAUAAUGUGGGUUUGGGGGCACCAUAUAUAAAAAAAAAUAGUUCUGUGGGUUCUUCAGGUUCAGUUCCUCUUCUAGACAGUGCAACUAAAUGUAGACAAAUGGCUGAACUUUCACUUAAGCCUACAUCUGGUGGCUUUACAAAAUUAAGCUUACAUCGAAAGCUGGGCUCAUUGGAUAGAUUUAAGAGACAUUAUGGAAAUAUAAAAAGUACAUCAUCAAUAGCUGAUAUGGAAAAGAGGGCUGAAGAUGAGAUUCCAGUCUGUGGUAGGUUUCUCAAUGAUGUGAAUACAGAUAUUCAAAGGUGCAUCAUUUGUGAAACUCCUAACAAGGACAGUGUGUCUAAUAAUAGGGCCAGUGAUUGCCUGGUUUCUUUUAAAAAGUCUCAACAUUCCAUGGGGGAAAAAUUAUUAAAUGGAAAAGCUUUUAAUGUAAGUCCUGUAACACCGGAAGAUUCCUUGCAAAUCAGAAAGAAAAAUGUUUCUGACACUGAGAUAACAGGAACACUUGCUUCUAAAUUAUCUCAAAUGAAGAAAAGCCUUCAAGGAGUUUCAAGUACAGAAUCCACAGGGCCAUCUUCAGAACAAUCCCAAGCAUGGUCAAGACAAAAUGAUGAGAACAUAUGGAAACUGUCAUCUCAAAAUAAUGUUUUGCAAAGUACCUGUCAAAUUCCUCAAUUUUCCCAAAGAGAAGAAUGGACAGAGAGUUGCUCUUUUGCCUCAACGUCUAAUGAACAGGUUAAUGAUAUGGGAAGCUCAAGCAGAAGAUCAGAGGAUGUUGAAGAUACUGUAAGACAUAGUUUUAUUGGCACUGAUGGAGAAUAUACAGUCUCGCAAAAUAAAACUUUAACUUUGUCUGAUAGAGAGGUGGAUUCUGAUGGUUCCUGUGAAGAUGUAGGUAUUAUGAAUGAAUCUACAAAGCAAGCUGUGAAAGUUUAUGAAUCUCAAAGCAUGAUUGUGUCCAGUAAUUUGGAAGAUGCCACAGAUGAUUCAAAUGCAGUAGAUAAUGAGAAACCACAGUUGCAUUCAUUUGAGUGGUUGCACCAGUUUGAUGCAUCGUUGGGCAAGACAGUGUACAUCAACCCAAUGACUGGACUGAGUACCUAUAAUGCUCCCAGUGGGGACUCUCAGGCUGUAUGUGCUAAAGAUAUAAGCACUAUGGCUGUAAAUGUCAUUGAGAAUGGGUUUCAGUGCCGAUGUCACCCCUUUAGAAGUGAGCUUAUUGUGCCCUUCCUUCCAAGACCUCAGACUGAGAGGAGUUUUGCAAGCCAAGCUUUUAGAGAUACUUCUGGAGAAUCUGUCCAGUCCUUGCUUUCAGAAUGGGACAAUCCUGUGUUUGCUCACUGUCCAGAGUUUGCUGUUAAUGUGAACAGUGGGCAGGCUGAUAAUCUUGCUGUAAAAAUCCAUAACAUCCUGUACCCUUAUCGGUUCACCAAGAAGAUGAUUCAUUCAGUACAGGUCCUUAAUCAAGUGGACAGUAAAUUCAUUGCUUGUUUAAUCAACACUAGAACAGAUGAGAAUGAAGAUGCAGUUAUGAGCGGAAACCUUCUUGUGCUGGUAGAUCAGCAUGCAGCCCAUGAGCGUGUCCGCCUUGAGCAACUAAUCACAGAUUCCUAUGAGAAGCAGUCUGAAACAUUGGGCAGGAAAAAAUUGUUGGCCUCCACUGUAUGUCCCCCAUUGGAGAUUGAGAUUACAGAGGAUCAGCGGAGACUCUUGCGGUGCUGGCACAAAAGUUUGGAAGAUUUAGGCCUUGAAUUAUUCUUUCCAGAGAACCAGCUCUCUCAGAUUCUUGUUGGGAAAGUACCAUUGUGUUUUGUGGAGAGAGAGGCCAAUGAAUUGCGUCGCGGAAGGCAGACAGUAGCUAAGAGCAUUGUGCAGGAAUUCAUUCAAGAGCAAGCUGAGCUACUGCAAACAACAGGAGGGGCACAGGGAACAUUGCCACUGACAAUUCUGAAGGUACUGGCAUCCCAGGCUUGCCAUGGUGCUAUUAAGUUUAAUGACAACUUGACUUUUGAGGACUGCUGCUGUCUUAUGAAAUCUUUGUCUUGUUGUCACUUACCUUUCCAAUGUGCUCAUGGUAGACCUUCAAUGCUGCCUCUUGCAGAUGUAGAUCAUCUCCAGCAGGAAAGCCAGCCUAAACCUAACCUCGCUAAACUAAGAAGAAUGGCUAAAGCCUGGCAACUUUUGGGGAAAGAAAAUGAUCCUUCUGGAAAAUCAUGAACCAGAUCUCUAGUUAUUUGAAUGCUGGUGUCACCAAACUAGUUGAGUUCAUACUAAGCACAUCCAGAUAUCUUCCUUUGGUACACAGGAAGCAAAGCAGCAGGAAGAAAGAAAUAGCAGAGGCCAGUACUUCUCUAACCUUCACUAGAACCAAAAUCUGAGAUCUGUUCUCCUAAAGGAAUGUGGAAGUAUUCACCCUGCACUAAAACUUCGUCUUUGAAAAGCCUUUGAAAAGCUGUUCUUAACACUCUCACCUAUUAAUACUUGAAAGAGGAGUAAGCAGUAACUAUGGAUAAACUGAUCUGACGUAGAUAUAACAGGUUAUCUUAAAUGUUACUUCAUUCAGAUUAUUUGAGUAACAAUCUAGCAUGUUUACAUCAAUAUGUGGUCUGGAUUAUAUUUAAAUGCUGAUUGGUAUGUGGAUAGAGCUGACUGAAUUGCCAUAAAACCCUCAAAAAGUCUUCAAUCUGAAUACUUACUGAAUGCUGCCAUCUUGUAUUAUAUGUUACCUUAGCUUGCCAAAAAAUAUCCUUAAAAGUGACUUGAAACAAAAAUGAGAAGAGGGUUUUUUAUUAUUAUUAUUAUUAAAGAAAACUUCUUAUUUCUAUCUAGUUUGGCUUGAACAGCUAGCCUCUAGGUUUCUUUACUACCACUCACUUCUAUUAACCAAGAAAAAGAAUCAAAGGACUGUGUCCUCAUAAUGAAUUUGCCAUAAGAAUUAAAGCAACACUGUUUUACAAUUAGGCCAUCACUGAAUUAUGGUCUCCAUAGGAUGUUAAUCUGGCACUGUUUACUUAGAACAUUCUCAGGG